CUGGACGCGGCCGAUAUGCACUAGACUGGUGACUCAGCGACUGGCAUGACACCAGCAGGACAGUUAUCGGCAGUGCAGCGCCUUAUGUGAAGGUUGUUGGUGCUCUGAGCCACAAUUCUGCCCGCAAGUGGAGAAGAAUGAGGAGAACAAAACUCUGAGAAUUACAGUUUCUGCACUUGACUUGCAGUUUUUGAAGGUAUUGUUUUUGUGCUAGUGACCUUCAAGAAGCCAACACAUCAUCAUGGCCCAAGUAAAUGAUAUGGAAUACUUAGUUCGGUGUUUUACUUUUGCAAUGCUUAAACGUAAUAAGAUGCAAGAGAUGGAGAAAAAAAUUGUCCCACAGAAUACCACAGAGGAAAUGUUUGCAUAUAUUUGGGGACUGGAUGAAGCCCACAGUUAUCUGGCACCAAAACUAUGUUUUCCCAGUAAGUCAAAAGGUAAUGCUACUCAAUACUGCAGACAAGGGGAUAUGGCCUUCAGAAAACACAAACUAUGUGAGGCACUUAAAUAUUACAACUUGGCUAUACUAUCAGCACCACACCCAGAUAGUGAAAGUAGUCCCAGAAAAGGGGCAACGAGUCUUAAUCAAGUAGAAAGCAUUUUGGCUCAAGCUUUUAAGUCCCGAUCAGUUGUUUUGUUUGAAAUAAAACGAUAUGAAAAGUGUUCAGAUGACAUUGAUCUGGCUCUGAAGUUUGGGUAUCCACAAACAUCUUGCAAAAAAUUAUUAGACAUGAAAAUCAAGUGCCAAAAAUUGAUCUCAGCUGAUAAAGAAAGGGUGAAUCCUUCAGCCAAAGCUCUAGGCCCUGAUGAUUUAUACUUUGCAUUUGAAAUUCCCAAUCCUCCACCCUUAGCUGAGUCCAACCCCACUAUCCCAUCACUGAGCAGUGCUGUCAAAAUGACCUUCUCACAAACCAUGGGACGGCAUGUGAUUGCUGCCAAAGACAUUAAUCCAGGAGAGAUAUUGGGUGUUGAUGAAGGUUACUGCAGUGCGGUGUUCUUUGAAGACAUGAAAACUUAUUGCACUGUAUGUCUGACAAGGUGUUUGACUCCUCUCCCCUGCCCUUGCUGUAGUAUGGUGAUCUUUUGCAGUGAGGAGUGUCAGAAACAAGGACUAUCAGGUUGUCAUUGGCAAGAGUGCCCUAUUCUGCCAACGUUUUCUGCUCUGGACAUGGGCAAGAACCCUUAUUUAGCAUACAGAAUAUUGAUGAAGAUCUCCCAUGUCAGGCUCAAGGAGAUAAUGCCACUGCUACAAUGUGAGGCCAAAACUCAGGCUCCUGAGACACUCGGCUUCAAUAAGGAAGGAAUCUAUGAUGCUACAGACUAUAGAUCAGUGUACCACUUAGUUACCAAUAAAGACAAGCGAUCGAAAUCUGAUCUGAUCCGGAGAUGUAUGCAAGCUUUUAUUGUAACCAAACUCUUGCAACAGAGCGGGCGCUACUUCCUCGAUAGUGAUGGGAAACCACUUGCUCCAAGCCAUGAAGAUAUCAUCUUGACCGGUAGCACACUUAUCCAUCACAUGAUGAACCUCAUCUGUAAUGCUGAAGCCGAUGGAAUUAUGGAGAUUGAUUUGACUGACCCUAUGAUGGGAAGUAUAAAUGAGUCAUUUGGCUUUGGAAUUUACCCAGGAGUAUGUCUUCUAAACCACUCUUGCAAUCCAACUUGUGCAAGAAUUACCUAUGGUAAGUCAGAAAUGAUAAGAGCUAAACAUUUUAUUCCUGCUGGCGGUCCAUUAACCAUCUCCUACUGUGAAGACUUCACAGAAAUGGAACUAAGAUCCAGGAGGUCAACACUUUUGACACAAUACCAUUUUACGUGCAAAUGUGAUGCUUGUGAAAAUAAUUGGCCAACUGGUUUGUGUAUUCCUCCAAUUGUUUCACUAAAAUGUAUCAAAUGUGAUCAGGUAGUCAACUCCGACACAAAGAAAUGCUUGCAAUGUCAGUUGAACUAUGAUGAACCAAAUGUAGAGGCAGGCAGACAGAAUGUAAAUCUGUACAACUACAGGCACAUCAUUACUAAGAUAGGAGUAGCUCAGGGGGAGUAUUUCAAAGCCAAACAAAAUAUAUCUACAAAAGGCAUCGUUUCAAAUGAAGACUUAAAGUCUGUACGGAUUCUAAUAAAGCUUUUGUGUAAGUAUGCGAAGCAGCCAUGUAUUUCUCUCGUAGAUGCAGGCAAUACUUUACGGUACUGCCUUUCACUUCGUGGUUCACACAUGUAUGUUAGGAGAGAUGGUAUCUGUAAUAUACCAUUCAAAUUUUAAAAUCUGAUUUGAUACAGCAUUAUGAAAUAAUGUUAGGAACCCAUCAAGCAGUAACUUUUGGAAAAUCUUUGCUUAGAAUUUACGUAACUUCUAUGGAUAUUAAAAUUUGAAAUUGUUUUGUAUAAACUUGAGGUUUUUCUUUUUGAAUUUCUUGUUAUAAGAUUAGGUUGAAUUUAAAAGCCUAUAAUGAUGCUUGUGGUUUUCAACAUAUGGAAUACAGUACCAGGGUUUUGUCAGUGUAACAGUUUGUAGGGUUUUUAGUAUACAAUAAGUAUAUUAUUAUUUUUCUCUAAAAUAUACCCUGGAUGUUGUAGCCUUUUGUUAGAAGGCUUAUCAUGUUCAAUGGCAGGAUAUGCUAUCAAGGUGGCCAUGUUCAAAUAUUUUUAUUCUCACAAGCUGCACCUUCUCAGUCAGUUGAGUCAAUUAUGGUUGACUCAAGGUUCAUUGAGGGGUACAAACCCACUUUUACAUCUGACAAUAUAUUGGUGUCUAAUGAAAAAUCAUUGCCGAUCAUCCUAACUCCAAAAAGGGACUGCAUGUUCGUGAUCAAAGAUGAUGGUCACAGUCAAUGAAGUUUACCUUGCUUGAAGAAUAGUCCAUAGUUAUCAAUUGAUUGUUACAAAAUUAACACAACUAAAAGGAAUGAUCAUUUUCCAGCAACCCACAUUCCUGAACAUCUAAUUUAGUAAGACAUUUUCUUAGUGUACACUUUCCAACUCUCACUGUUUUGCAUAACCCUAAACCUGACCUAAUAUUAAAUCUGUAACACAUGCCACCCACUGUUAGACUGAUUCAAAAUCCAGUGGUUGCUCUGGCUUGCAACCAUGUUCUGACCUUACUAGAACAGAUCUGGCUUUAUAUAACCUAACCUUCUAGAAUCUUUGAGAACCAAUGUACAAAAUGAGCUUCUCUUUCUGGAUCUAAGGACUUCCUAAUUGGGUUGCUUAAAUCUCACAGGUCUCGUGCCAAUGACCCAUGGAUCAUAAACUAAGGAUUGACAUGGAAUCCCUCAAAGAAAUUGGCAGGAAUUGAGAAGAUUAACGUAUAUAUUUUAUGGCUGCUGUGGGUUUGAAUCACAUGGGAAUAACUGAGAGUUGCAAUCCCUGAGUCAAGCAACAGAUAAAAUAAAAUUUAUUUGACCCUGAUUCAGAUGUGUGCUCUGCUAACAGCUCAGACAUAAACUGACAUUGUCCACCUGGGUAGUCCAACCUACUGUUAAAUAUUUCAAAACAAUAUGUAGAUUCUGACACGUUAUUGCAGUGGGAUAUUUCUUGAAGGUCACAUGUUUCAUUCAAGAGAUAGGAUUAAAUUGUUUGGGAUCUCAUUUUAUAACUGAACUCUAAUGUUUGUUCUUAAUACCAAAUUCGGCCUUGGUUCAGUUUUGUAAGUACUGUACAGUACUGUAGUAAAAAUUGUAUUAUACAGGGGAUACUGUAUACAUUAUACAAAUAUAAUAUUAAUACUGUAUUAGUAAACAGUUUUCAUUGUUCUUCAUUAGUAAAUAUUAAGAUGAAUAGCUGUAUGAGGUACAGUUUAGAGAAUGGUGCCAUCAAUUAUGGAUUUUUUUUUUACUUCAAUUGCACCUUAAGUGUUAAGUAUUGAUGUUAUGACUAAUAAAAUAGUCAAAUAAUUUGUUAACCAUUUUAUUAUUAUAGGAAGAUUCUUGAUGAUGUCACUGUUGAUGCAUGGUUUGUUGGGGCUCACUAGACAAGUGUCUCCCACAUUAUACAGUACUUGUACAGUGUAUUGGCAGUGCUAAUGUGCUGCUAUAGUACAUAUUUCAAGUUAGUAGCAUAUCUGGCAUGUUGUUGGCAGCCACUACAUCGGAAGUGUUUGUUUAACCCCUUUAGUACAAUGACAUAAUCUCCAGAAAAUAGUGUCAUCUUAAUCCAUGAAACAUAUGAAAGGGGUUAAGUUAUCCUACAUCCUACUUCUUGGGGUAAUACUGCAGGACCUCUGUUAUCCAUAAUGUAUUGGGAAUGUCUAAGAGUUUGUGUUUCUCAUGAGAUACCUAUAUAAUAUAGAAAACAAUAAAUAGUACCAUAUUAUCAGCAAGGCACAAUCAGACAUGUUGCAUCGGACAGCUUUUUAGGCUAUCCCUGGUUUGUGUCGCUGUUUACAAUUACAGUACAGUAUUACUGUAUAUACUGUACCUGCACUUGUCUCGGUGCUUAGAAAUGUGUAUAUACCUGUACUCUCAUGGCCUAUGUGCACCAUGUAUCUAUAUUGUUUAUAUUCAUGUUGACCUGCAUACCAAUAAUACUGUAUACAUGUCUAUCCAAUUGUAAACCUACAAGAUAAUUUUACUGAGUAUACAAGUACAUUACAGUAUACUAUACACUUAUUAUUAUGUACUUGAGCAUCUAGCAUGUACCAGUAGAUAUCCAUUUGCUGGCUUAAAAUAUCAUAAAUACUACAGAACACUGUAUACAAGCAUAUAAUAAAUUCAGACAUAAAGGAGGCCCAAUUCUUGCCUUUGUCUAACUCCUUUAUAAUUAUUUACCUAAUGACCACCCACUACAGCAGAAUAACCUACUGUCCCUCUUCUUUGUGUUACAGGUACUUGUUUUAUUAUUAUUAUUAUUAUUAUUAUUUUUUUUUUUUUUUUUUUUGUUGGAGCAAAAUAAUGUAGAAUUAUGAGGCUGUAUAGGUAAGCUGUCUUAGGAAGUGUGUGGAACCAUCAAUGCCAUUGGUGCAUUGCUUGGUGCUCCUGAGAAUUAUUCUCUUGGACUGCCUGAGUACCAGUAAUCAGGAACGAAUUUGAGCUUGGCUAUAGAGAAUGGACCAUAUUAGUAAUACAGUGUAUUUGCAAUUUUUAUAGGUGUUUAUAAGUUUAAUUAUCAUGUAAAGUUGAAAUACCUGUAAUGAUGUUGCUAAUUUAUUUAUGACUAUUCUGUAAUUUGGUUUCAAUUUAUUUUUCAAUAGAAUUAUAAGGAAUUGUACAAAAUCUUCAAUCAUUUAUCUAAUUUUGAUUAAUUUUAUUAGCCUAAGUAGUAAUAAAAAAUACUAUACAUAAGAAUUAGGUACAGUACAUUUCUAUAUGGUAUAUCUCUAGUCUUUCAUGUGAACUACUGUACGGAGUAUUGUGAUGCUAACAUAGUUUUUCUCUUUUGUAUUAAAUAACAGUGACAAC